CUGAGCGUGCUCUAGACACCAUGAACUUCGAUGUGAUCAAAGGAAAACCCAUUCGCAUCAUGUGGUCUCAGAGGGACCCCUCGCUGAGGAAGUCGGGGGUUGGGAACGUCUUCAUUAAGAACCUGGACAAAUCCAUUGAUAACAAGGCACUUUAUGACACGUUCUCGGCGUUUGGGAAUAUUUUGUCCUGCAAGGUGGUGUGUGAUGAGAAUGGCUCUAAGGGCUACGCAUUUGUGCACUUUGAGACCCAGGAUGCUGCAGAUAGAGCCAUCGAGAAGAUGAACGGCAUGCUGCUAAACGACCGCAAAGUAUUUGUUGGGAGAUUCAAGUCUCGUAAGGAGCGGGAGGCUGAGCUGGGAGCCAAGGCAAAGGAAUUCACCAAUGUUUAUAUUAAGAACUUUGGGGAUGACAUGGAUGAUGAAAGACUAAAGGAACUCUUCAGUAAAUAUGGUAAGACUCUGAGUGUUAAAGUGAUGACAGACCCCACUGGAAAGUCCAAAGGCUUUGGCUUUGUAAGCUUUGAAAAGCAUGAAGAUGCUAACAAGGCAGUGGAAGAAAUGAAUGGGAAGGAUAUCAAUGGGAAAAUGGUGUUUGUAGGCCGAGCACAGAAGAAGGUGGAGCGCCAGGCAGAGCUGAAAAGGAGAUUUGAACAGCUAAAACAAGAGAGAAUCAGCCGGUACCAGGGAGUUAACCUGUACAUUAAAAACCUAGAUGACACUAUAGAUGAUGAAAAACUGAGGAAGGAAUUCUCGCCUUUUGGGUCAAUAACAAGUGCAAAGGUGAUGCUAGAAGAUGGACGGAGCAAAGGGUUUGGCUUUGUCUGCUUUUCCUCUCCAGAGGAAGCUACGAAAGCUGUGACAGAGAUGAAUGGUCGAAUAGUGGGCUCAAAGCCACUCUAUGUUGCACUUGCACAAAGGAAAGAAGAGCGAAAGGCUCAUCUAACUAACCAGUACAUGCAGCGCAUUGCUGGGAUGAGAGCCUUGCCAGCCAACACAAUCAUUAAUCAGUUCCAGCCUGCUGCUGGCGGUUAUUUCAUGCCUGCUGUGCCCCAGGCUCAGAGCAGACCCACUUACUAUGCACCCAAUCAGAUGGCACAGAUGAGACCCAACCCACGCUGGCAGCAAGGGGGAAGACCUCAAGGCUUCCAGGGAAUGCCAAGUGCCCUGCGCCAGUCUGGACCACGGCCAGCACUGCGCCAUCUGGCCCCUGCUGGCACUGCUCCUGUCUCUCGUGGCCUCCCUGUUUCUGCCCAGCGAGUUGGUGUUACCACUGCAGGACAGAACUUGGCUCCUCGUCCACCUGUAGCUGCUCCUGCUCCCAGAGCAGUUCCCCCUUAUAAAUACGCCUCAAGUGUCCGCAGCCCACAUCCACCUGUACAGCCUUUGCAGGCACCUCAGCCUGCAGUACACGUGCAGGGACAGGAACCACUAACAGCCUCCAUGCUGGCUGCUGCCCCUCCUCAGGAGCAGAAACAGAUGCUGGGAGAACGUUUGUUCCCUCUUAUUCAAGCUAUGCACCCCAGCCUUGCAGGGAAGAUCACAGGAAUGUUGCUGGAGAUUGACAACUCAGAGCUGUUGCACAUGCUGGAGUCUCCAGAGUCCCUCCGGUCAAAGGUGGAGGAGGCUGUUGCAGUGUUGCAGGCUCACCAAGCCAAGAAAGAAGCUGCCCAGAAGGUGGGUGUGGUUGCUGCUACCUCUUAAGCCAGGAAGACUGGAUGCAAAGAAGCCAAGCAGCCCCUCCCCAGGGGUCAGCUCAAGAUGUCUGCAGUUCUGCGCUGCCCUGCAGGACUCGAUGCCGUGCAGCACAUCACAUAGUUAUGUUGCGUUUUAUAAAUUAAUCCUUAAGAUCUUACCGAGCCGACUCUGUGCAGCUCUAGAUUUCCAAAACCAGAAUAGAGUUCGCAGGCUUUUCCCUGGUGUCGGAGCAGGUUACUGUUUGUCUUUUCUAAGCGGAACAUCGAGGAUUUCUCGUUAAUUAAAAAGCAUUUUGUGGUUUUGGUUUUAACUCAAAGUCCAGUGUGGAAAGUUCUGGAAAGUCUUUUGUCACUAAAGGAAUAAAAUCUUUGCCCGCAUUCGUCA